CUCUGUACAGGAAACUUGUUUCAUGUCAGUACAAUCAGCUCUGCUGCUGCUCGGUGGUCUCCAUCCUCCUGUCCCAAAUGGCUUCUUUCAAAUUCUUCCUCUUUUUGUCUCUAAUCUCAGACUUAACAGCUCUUCAGCAGGAUGUUCAGGUGAAGCUUGGAGAUGACGUCACUCUCCAGUGUCAGAUUUCCACAGAUGAAAUAAUCUCAGUGCUGAAGUGGAGCAGAGCUGACCUGAACACAGACGGCUACGUCUACUUCUACAGGAACAAACGCUCCUAUGAAAACUACCAACAUCCAUCUUUUCAUGGCCGAGUGAAGCUGAGGGACCCGGAGAUGAAGGAUGGAGAUGUUUCUCUGAUCCUGAAGAAAGUCACGUUUAAUGACACUGGGAUUUAUGAGUGUCACAUAGCAGUGAGGAAGGCUGUGAGAAGUAAAAGAGUUCACACUGAGAUCAGUCACUUCAUCCACCUCACAGUCACAGGUGAAACACAUGAAAGCGUGUCAGAGAAACGAGUCAUAGAAAGAGGAGACGCAGAUGAAAACAUGGAUGGUACUGAAAGGGUCGGAGCUCCAUCUGUUCAGGUUGUUGUUCCUGUUGUUGUUGUUGUUGUUGUUGCUCUUUUUGCCGUUGGUUUUGUGACACACCAACACACUUGUCAACAUAAGAAGCAACGUCCAGUCAAGCUUCCUACUGAGGACUCAGAUGAAGGACUAUGAAGCUGCAGAAAUGUAUAAACUUUCUUGAUGAAAACUAAAGCGCUGACAUUAACUCACUUUAUAAAAUGUAUGUAUAUACAGAUCUUAAUAAAUUUGUUAGACCACAUCAUAAAAACAGAAAACACACACAACAUUUUAAUACGGACUCAGUGAAUUCUCAAAAAAAAUACUCUUCAGACUAAAUUUACAUUUUAAACUCAAACCUAAACCUGCACACUGUAAUUAUAUCAUAUAAAUAAUAAUAAUAAUUAUGUUCGCAUGAAAACAAUUUCUCAACAAAGAGGUUUCUGCUGGACAGAAACAUACAAUAAAUGAUUUUAGUAAUCAAACUGCAGCACUUCACAUUAAACUCCAUCUUUCACAGCAGUGUCAGUUUUAUUAAUGUAGCAGAUUUUUGGAGUCUGUUUCUGAAUGUUUGCACAGAUUUGACUGACCUCAGGUCAGCAUGCAGCUUGUUCACAAGAAUGGGACCACGGUCACUGAAUGCACCUUCAGCACAUUUACAUCUAAUACUGGGAACAGUUAAACAAUCUGAAGCCCUGACUGUAAAUCCAUUUAUAAACAAACUGCAGGCCAUGAUUUCCAGUCUACUUCUCCUUUCUGGAUUGAGUCAGGAAGAAUUAACUUCCUUGUUUUCUUUUAUUUACUUUUAUUAAUGUGAAAUCAUUUAGGGAAAAAAGUUAUGCAGCAAUAGUUCAAUCAA